GUUAGAUUCAUUCCAUAAUUAAACAAUGCUCAACAAAUAGGGUUUCUAACUACCAGUUCUAUAUUCCCCUCAGUUGAAACACCCCUCCCCUCUCCUCUCCUCUCCUCCACUCCACCAACACCCACCGGCCACCACCAUCAUCGACAGACACUGCCAGCUCUCCAAACAGGUGACGUUUCUGCACUCAACCUUGAUGUCGGGUUCAAACCCUAGUUGGGUUUAAAAUUGAGCACAACGGGGCUUUGGACUUCAAAUCGGGUUCAAAAUUGUUGGGCUCUGUUUUGAGCAGGUUCGUCAGGAAAAACUUGUUUGAGUGAGCAUCAAUGGAUCCACAACCUGAACCUGUUACCUAUAUCUGUGGAGACUGUGGGCAAGAGAACACAUUGAAGCAUGGAGAUGUGAUACAAUGCCGGGAGUGUGGUUAUCGCAUUCUUUACAAGAAGCGAACCCGAAGAAUUGUUCAGUACGAAGCUCGCUGAAAGUGGUGUUCGGAGAAGGGGAGGGUAUGAACAAGCAAUCUCAUAAUCAGUAGUUAUGCGUUUUGUAUAUGGUUGAUUAUAUUAAGUGUGGUUAGUGAGGAUUUGAAGUAACACUAAGUUCUGUCCAUGGAUGCUUUGCCUAGUAACUAAGUGAUGUCUUGAUUUAGAACAUCAAAAACAAAUUCAUACUUUUAAAAAACUAUGUUAUGUUUCUUAUACUUUUAAGUAAUUUCUGGUUCAAUGGUGAACUUUUAAAUCUUUGUUUA